AGCGCUGGCAGUCUAAUUCAGACAAACCAAGUGUGUAGACACAAGGCAGUCAAUAAAAUAUAUUACACGAUCUAGGAAUUCACCCUUAAUAAAGAGAAAUUGAAAGUAGCAAAAUAAAAUGUUUUCAAAAUAUUUACUUUUCUUUGCCUCAUUCUACUGCGUCGCAAAUGCCUUUGUUAUACCGCCUGAUUUGCCGGAACGUUUUGGCGAUAAGUUCAUAUAUUUCGGUUAUGGCAGUAAUAUGCUUACCAAACGCAUACACAUACAAAACCCGACGGCACAAAAAAUCGGUAUGGGCAUAUUAAAGGACUAUCGGCUAGAUUUCAAUACAUUCACCGAACGUUGGGGUGGUGCGCCAGCGACUAUUGUGCCCACGAAUGGGGCCUACGUUUAUGGUACGCUGUGGGAGAUUGAUCUCAGCAAUUUGGCGGAUAUUGAUGACCAAGAGGGCGUUCACGAGGGCAUUUACUACCCAGUCAGCCUACCAGUGAUGCUGCCAAAUAACACUUUAAUUACCGCACGCGCCUACUUGCUAACCGACCAACCGAAAAUUCCCAUACAUGACUUUCUCAGUACCGACACAGUGCCUAUAAUGCGUCAACCUUCGAAAACUUAUUUGCAAUGCUUGGUGAAGGGUGCCGAGGAGACAGGCAUAGUGCCAUGGUAUGUGGAUUGGCUGAAGUCUGUGAAGCAUAAUGGCCAUGUAGCUAAGGAUUUGGAGCUCAUUUUGGAGUUAAAGGAUGUGAAGUUGGCUAAUUAAAGUGAGCGCUCGAUUAGUGCGUAGGAUGGCUGUGAUAAUCGCGUGUGAUAUGCAUAAAUAUCUACAUACCUAUAUAGAGAAAUAUUUACACUUAGGUUGAUAUACCCAGAUUUAUU